GAAAGUUCUAAAGGCAGAUAUACGCGCGAAGACGAGAUCAACAAUGACGGCAAUGACCCCGACACUUCGACGAACUCUUCGAUCUAUCCUGGCAAGCUCUGUUAUGGGGAGUUUCGCCUGGCCUGUAUCACCAGCAGUCCAAGUCAUGACCAGCCAGUCCAUCUUGAUCUUGAAAUACACUCAAUGGACAACUGUCCUGAAUACGAAACGGCAUCCUACACCUGGGGCGGGGAAGAGGACGACAACACCAAGAAGUAUCCCGUGUUCGUGGGGCCAUAUGGGGAUGUCAGCUUUCAGACUCGCAAUUGGAUUCGACUGAUGUGGAUUGACGCCAUCUGUAUCAACCAGGAAGAUGCCGUUGAACGAGGUUCACAAGUUGACAGAAUGGGGGCAAUCUACCGCCAAUGUAUCCAAGUCGUGGUGUAUCUCGGUCCAGAUAUUGCAUGGCUCCUCCCUCCCGGUCAACAUGCUAAGCGAAGAACCUUGGAACCAAUCGACGAGCUUCGGUUGAAACGAGAUUUGAAUGGUCUUCCUGUUUUCGGCCACGAGACCGUAUGCAUACUUUGCAGACGAUUUUUCACUCGACUCUGGGUUGUUCAGGAAAUUCCUCUUGCAUCUUGUGUGCUGAUGAGGGUGGAAAUAUUGACUUUUGGGAUGCCCGGGCAUCGGGACAAGAUCAUGCUAACUGGGUGGAUUCAUUCAAGCAAACAGAAGGCCCCUGGAUGA